AUGCCUACUCCUCCACGUCGUCAACCUAAAGCUCAGCUGUCACCUUCGACACGCUCUAGAAUUUGCGAGUUAAAACGCAUGAAUGGCUGGGGAGCACGUCUUAUUAACAAGCAUGCCUUUCCUGAUAUCCCUGUGUCUACUAUUCAGAGCACCCUGCGAAUGGAAGCUAAACGCGGUGUCGAUAACCACCGUGUUCCUGGUUCUGGGCGUCCUUCUAAGCUUACUGAAGCUGAAAAAACGUCUCUUUAUACCGCGGUUGAGCAGAAUCCUGAUAUCUUGAUUAGAGAGCUUCUUGCCCUUAUUAAUAAUAAGGAAAUACACGCGGAAAAACGUCUAAGAUGGGCGCGUGAAUAUGAGUAUUUUUCUCCUGACGACUGGCGUCGCGUCUUCUGGUCUGAUGAGACUACGGUUGAAAGGGGUAUUGGAGAGCGUCCGGAAUGGUCUUUUAUACGUCCUAAGGAUCAAUGCGAUCGAUAUGAAGGUCCUAAUGGUGUUGAAACAAGCCAAAUUCAGCAGAUUCCUGCGCGCGGUAAACAGGUUAAGCAGAUGUUUUGGGGUGCGUUUUCUGGCUCUUUACGACGCACACCUCUAGUUGCUCUAGAUGGUGACCCUGAAUCUGCUAAAGGUGGUGUUUCUGCGCGUGUUAUUGAUGCUGUUUAUCGUCGAUAUUUACCGACCUUGAUGAAUGGUAUUGAAGGUGCUAUUUUUCAGCAGGAUAAUGCUCCUGUACACACCGCGCGUCUUAUUCAGGCGACACUAGAGUCACUUGGCUUUAUUGUAAUGAUAUGGCCACCUUACUCGCCUGAUCUAAAUCCUAUUGAGAAUAUAUGGGCGCUUUUAAAGGCAGAGAUAUUAAGAUUACGUCCUGAGCUCAUAUAUUUACCUAAUGAUGACGAUACGCUAGAGCUAUUAGUAGAUACUGCUCAGCUAGCAUGGUCUAAUAUUGGGUUUAAUGUUAUGGAAAAGCUAGCUCUUACUAUGCCGCGUAGGGUAGCUCAGGUCAUAAUAAACCAUGGUUGGCAUACUAAAUACUGA